AUGGCACAGGAACCCAACAUUGCGAUGGCCCCCGAGACCCUUCCCGAUGCUCCCGCAGCUCCCCCUGCGAAGCAGUCCGUGCGCUCUUUCAAAAAGAAGUACGCGAAGAUGAAGGUUAAAUUUGAGCUAGGAACACGAGAGAGUGAAACUUUGAUUCGGGAAGAACUGCGGAUUGAGGAUCUAUCCAAGCGCAUCCAGGAACAAAACGAUCAAUUGCUCGAAGUCUUGCUCGAGUUCAACGAGAGUAUUCAUGUCUCCCCUGCCAUGCGUUUCGACCUAAACAUGCCCGGCGACAUCCCUUUCCUUCCCGCCUCGGAGCAAGAGAUCGCGCCCCUAGUCAAUGACGCGACGCUCGCCAGAACCGCAUUGAAAGAAGCCAAGGCCGAACUUGCAGGGGGCAAUCUUUCAGCAAGCGCCUAUCGUCAGGUCGAACAAAGCAUCAAGCGAAACAAAGAGUUUGCACCGUCCAUGCAGUACAGCACUCUCAGCCAAGUCCCACAUACCAGUUCCGUCGUUCCAGACCAAGAGAAGGGUGCUAAUGGAGCCGAGCGCAAGCUUGGAUACUUCACUCCGGAACAUGAGACCGAAUACUAUCUAGCUCUGGACGCGAAACUUGGCGAUGAAGCUGCCGCGUUGCAACUGGAGCGUGUGCCGGAUCCGCCCACAUUUGCUGAGCGAGAGCGGGAUGCUUCCCUGCGAAACCCUGCCUCGGUGUACAACUGGCUGCGACGCAAUCAGCCCCAGACUCUACAGGAUCACGAGGUCGCAUCCGAGAAGUCCGCAUCACGACCGUCGAACCAGCGGGCGUCCAAGCGAGCACCUGCACAGCGCAAGGAGGAGGACAAGGAAGUGUUGGAGGAGGAUGGGGCGGACGCGGAGCCGACCCCCAAGAACAAGCGCAAGCGCGACGAGGAUACAGGAUACCGGCCCAAGGGGGGCAGCAGUCGACCAAAGAAAAAGAAGGAAGAGUCGACGCCCACUGCCAAUCGCAAUGCCAAAAAGGCUUGA